AUGAACCAGCUCGCGCCCCAGUUGCGCGACUCUUGCACCCACGAUUGUGAAAAAGGCGACGCCCAUCCCGUCCGUGGUAUGGGAUUCGGCACGGAUGAUUUACGAUUCAGUGCGAAACAAGACCUACAAACGUCCUCCUUGAUUCUGGAACAUCCGCUAUGUAGCCAUUUUUUUACUGCAAUCCAAGCACAUCUUCAGAGGCUGUUACGGAUCUCCGACUGGGACGAACUCAGUUCAUCGUCUCCUUGCCUCCGCAUAUCGACACCGGGGGAGGGGCCCGGUCGCCAAGACGACGUCGUCAAUGUGUACACCGCCGUCACAGAGGACGCAUUCCGCUUCGACAUACGGCUCAAACACUCACAUGCCUUCAAUAAAGAGUCUCUAUCCGUCUUUGUCGACUCCUUCCUGAAAGACGUGGCGGCUCAAGAACCUAUUUGUCGCUCACCGUUACCUGGGAUCUUCCUGCGCCGCAAACAUGUCUUGGCAGCGGUGCAGGACGUCACGAAGGCGCUUCGACUCAUCAUACUGAAGAAGAGCGCAGCCGGGAUUGAGGGCAGCCACGAAGCUGAUUUGCGGAUGCGGAAGCGGAAGCGCCGCUUAUACCACGCUAGGCGCUCGGCUGUGGAAAGGGCGACGUCACAGCAUCUUGAGUUGUUGCGGAUGGCCGAUCUAGAGGGCAUCACGUCAGACGAGUUACCAUACGACGACCCAUGCAAUCUCCCUCUGCAAUAG